UUUUUCCUUCUGUUUAGGUGUUAGUGCUGGUUUUCAUUUCAUUCAGCUGAUUUCUUUCGGUUCUGUCACAAACAUUGAUUCUUAUUUCCACCCAUUUGUCUUUCUUUUUUUUUUGUUUUUGUUGUUGUGCAUUUUCUUUUUCAAGGCAUAUUGUCUUGAUUUUUUCUAUCCUGACACUUUGCCAUCUUCCUUGUAUGUUUCCCUUUUACAACCUUCCCAUUUUGUUUAAGUUUGCACCAAUUUUUUGACACAGCUGACUGGGAACAACCAACAUCUUUUGCCACAUUCUGUGUUGGAUUUCCUUCUUGAAGGAGUUUUAUAAUCCUUUCCAUUGUUUCAGUUCGCAACUCUCUUGUUGGGGCCAUGUUUCCUUUCAAAAAGUCCCAAGGUUAAGGUCUGUAAGCACUCUCUUUUAACUGCAGACUAAUUUGCAUUUUUAGACUUGUGCUGGUAUUUGUUUUACAAAUGCAAAUUACAAUGAGAUUCCAUAAUUUUUUCCUCUUGAUCUGGAAAAAAACAAUACACCAUUAAUUAAAACGAUUUAAUUUAUUUUGUUUGAGGUAUGUUUCACAAAGCCAGAAUGUUCAGCUAUUAAACAAAAAUACUUUUGGGUCAUAUCUGUGAUUUGUUUAUUUGCUACCAAGUAAAAAAGCUACCAAGUAAAAAAAGGUGAACAUCCUCCGAGUAUGGUGAUUCCAUCAUUUUUGCCAGGGGUUGUAGUGUGUUCUGACCUUGACACACCUUGCUUUUUGUAAACUGAUGCCACUGGAAUAGCUUAGGCAUGAUAAAUAAGUGAACUAUUGUGUCAUGUGGAAAGUCUACCUACAUAGGGGGAGAAAAUUCUAGUUGUAUUAAACAUUCAAUUAUUUAGAUAUGAAUGAUACGUUGAACUCUUUGUGUUGAGAAGAAUAUUUACUGUGUCUUGCUAAGGUUUAGAGGACAGGUUUAGUGAUGGGAAGUUCAGCAAAAUGAACGAAUCUUUUUUCGAGUCAUUUCAUUCAUUUCAGCAGAAUAUAAUUAAAAUGUUACAUGUUAAAUUCACCAACACAUCUAGUACUUAAUAAACUAUAAAAUAAACUAGUGCAACCAAGGUCUAAUUAUGAGAAACAGAAAUGAUUAAUUAAUAGCUUAGUUGGGUCUUCAGGCUAUGCAGUCUGUUAGUUCACCUCACCUCCCGAUCCGAGUCUUUCUUUCUUUCAUCAAGUCACAUUUGUCACGUCUGUUCCUCGGAAACAGAAAUGAUUAGUUCAGGUCUCGAGUCUUCGUGUUCGAGUCGUUCAUUCAUCACGUGACCGCCCCAUAGGCUGAAUGCACUGGGGCUGUGACGUGAUGAACGAACGACUCGGACUCGAAGAUCCAAGAGGUGAACUAAUCACUUCUGUUUCCUCUACAAAACCUAAAGGUAUGUUGCCGCGCAUGCGCGGUCAACACAAAAUGAAAGAAUCACUCUCUGAGACAACUCGUUGUUCCCGAGUCAUAUUAAAGAUCCGUUCAAAAUGAACGAAGCAUUCAUGAACGACACAUCACUAACUUAUAUUAGCAUCAAAAAUAAUGUGUUCAGACCGUGAGACACCUUAUUUUUUGUAAACUGAUGCCACUGGAAUUGUUUAGACAUGAUAAAUAAUGUGAAUAGUGUACCUAAAUAGGAAAAAACAACAACAUUCUAGUUGCACCAGACAUUAAAUGAGUUAGAUGUAAACGGCAAGUGAACUAGUGACUGAGUUAAACACGAGUAGAAAGUGUUGGCAGACGUAAGGAUAAGCAGACUCGCAAUAGGACCACGCGUCGCGCCAGAAGCAAGCCGGCCCUCUGCAGUGUGCGCGAGGCCGCGGGAGAAGUGCUGGCCGGCCGGGGAGGCGGAGGACGGGGAGAGGAGCGCAAGGAGGAUUCGGGAGUCCGCGGCAACAAAACAGAAAAAGGGCUCAGGCCUGGGACUUGGCAAAAGACGGGAAUUCUGGAGUCAGUGGGAUUUGGUUUUGCCUCACAAAUGAGUCCUUUGGCUUACAGGGGAAGUAUUUCUGUCAGAGUGUGUUCCAAAGAAAGCAUUUUAAUAAAGUGUCUAUGUGAAGAAAGUGACAUAUGGUGUUUUAUUUUGCAGGAAACCAAACAAGGGAGGAUCACUGAAACAUAUAUAUAUAUAUAUCUUUUUUUGCUUUGUUUUUGUUUUGAUCUUUUUUUUUUUUAAAUCACUGUUGUACUGUAUUGGAAAGUGAUUCGUUUGGUGAUGCCAUCCAACACAGUCACCACCACCACCGCUGCUUUCAAAAGCUCUGACUUCAACAGUGGGGGAAAUCGCAUGACUGACAGUGUGAGUCGGGAGAAGGAGCUGGCUGCGGCGGACAGGCCAACGUUCAGCACUCCGGCCCGCAAAGUCGGACGGCCCAGCCGCAAACGCAGACACCUCCUCGUGGAGAGUUGUGGAUCACUGACAGAGCUGGUGGGUGUGUCCAAGAAUCACAGAGGAACGGGAAUCCAGUCCUGUUCACAGCUUCAGGUUCAUAAUGGUGAUGUAGGAGAGAGGCAUGGCAACAGAUCCUCCGAAGGCUCUCAUCCCACACAGGAGCAGAAUGCUCUGGAAAACGGCCUCCCUCGCCAGGCUGCCUGCAGCAUGAGCCCUUCCCCGGAGAACGGAUUUGCCGUUGCCCAGGACAAGUGCGACUCCGAGAAGGACAAAGACGAGACGCUGCCAAUUCUACCUCGCAAGAAACGAGGAAGACGGAAACUGGAGCGACCGACCAAAUAUGUCGAGCACCGGGAGGACGAGAUCGGGGACUCUUCGAAGAAUGAGCAGGGAGCUCGAGGCAGGCUACGUGGGGGAGUGGGCUGGGAAAUCAGUCUGCGCCAGAGACCCAUGCCCAGGGUAACCUUCCAGGCCGGUGAUCCUUAUUACAUUAGCAAGAGGACCAGGGAGGAGUUGCUGGCCAAGUGGAAGAUGGAGGCGGAGAAGAAGGCCAAACUGGUUUCCAUAAUGAACUCAAUGGAGGAGCACGAAGAGGUGGAGGCCAAGCCUCAGACAGCCUGUGGCACCAUCAACAGCCCACUGACCACUGACCCCCCACCACCAACACAGCAACAGCAGCAACUAACCCAGGCUCUUCCCAAAGCUCAACCACAACCACAAAUACAGCCUAUACCCCAGCAACAGCAACAGCAACAGCCUACAGACCCAGCAUCCCCUACAGUGGCCACCACACCAGAGCCAGUGCCUAUAGGGGACGGAGAUAAGACCUCACCAAAGUCCACCGACACAGAGGCUGAGUAUGAGGAUGGCAGAGGCUUUGGCAUUGGUGAGCUGGUGUGGGGGAAACUGCGGGGUUUCUCUUGGUGGCCAGGACGCAUCGUAUCCUGGUGGAUGACUGGCCGAAGCCGAGCUGCCGAGGGAACCAGAUGGGUCAUGUGGUUCGGUGAUGGCAAAUUCUCUGUGGUCUGUGUUGAGAAAUUGUUGCCUUUGAGUUCCUUCUGCAAUGCUUUUCACCAUCCAACUUACAACAAACAGCCAAUGUACAAGAAAGCCAUCUAUGAGGUGCUACAGGUAGCCAGCAGUAGAGCAGGAAAAGUGUUCCUCACCUGUCCUGAGAAUGACGACACUGACACCUGUAAGUCGGUGGACAUGCAGAACAAGCAGAUGAUUGAAUGGGCCAUGACAGGAUUCCAGCCCACUGGUCCCAAGGGCCUGGAGCCACCAGAAGAGGAGCGCAACCCAUAUAAGGAAGUGUACCCGGAAAUGUGGGUGGAGCCCGAAGCCGCAGCCUAUGCACCCCCACCUGCCAAAAGGCCUCGUAAAAGCACAGGGACUGAGAAGCCCAAGGUGAAAGACAUCGUCGAUGAGAGAACCCGAGAGAGGCUUGUAUACGAAGUGCGCCAGAAGUCCAGGAAUAUUGAAGACAUUUGUAUCUCCUGUGGAACCCUGAAUGUUUCCCGUGAGCACCCACUCUUCAGUGGAGGAAUGUGCCAAAGCUGUAAGAACUGCUUCUUGGAGUGUGCGUACCAGUAUGACGACGACGGAUACCAGUCUUACUGCACAAUCUGUUGUGGAGGGAGGGAGGUGCUCAUGUGUGGAAACAAUAACUGCUGCAGGUGUUUCUGUGUAGAGUGUGUGGAUCUGUUAGUCGGGCCGGGUGCAGCACAAGCUGCUAUAAAGGAGGACCCUUGGAACUGCUAUAUGUGUGGUCAGAAGCCUCAGUUCGGGCUGCUGGAACGCCGGGCUGACUGGCCCAGUCGCCUACAACACUUCUUUGCCAACAACCACGACCAGGACUUUGCACCUCCAAAACUCUACCCUCCCGUUUUGGCAGAGAAGAGAAAGGCGAUUCGUGUGUUAUCACUCUUUGACGGAAUCGCUACAGGUCUGCUGGUGCUAAAGGAUCUAGGCAUUCAGGUGGAGCGCUAUGUAGCCUCUGAGAUAUGUGAGGACUCCAUCACUGUUGGUAUUGUACGGCACCAUGGGCGCAUCAUGUAUGUUGGCGACGUGAGGAACGUCACACGAAAGCACAUACAAGAGUGGGGACCUUUUGAUCUUGUCAUCGGAGGAAGCCCCUGUAAUGAUCUGUCUAUAGUUAAUCCAGCACGGAAAGGUCUCUACGAGGGCACGGGGCGGCUGUUCUUUGAGUUUUACCGGCUUUUACAUGAAGCUCGUCCUAAAGAAGGAGACAACAGGCCUUUCUUCUGGCUUUUUGAGAACGUAGUGGCUAUGGGUGUCAGUGACAAGAGGGACAUCUCUCGCUUUUUAGAGUGCAACCCAGUGAUGAUCGAUGCGAAGGAAGUGUCCGCUGCCCAUCGUGCCCGCUACUUCUGGGGAAACCUUCCUGGCAUGAACAGACCUCUGACUGCCAUGGGCAAUGACAAACUGGACCUGCAAGACUGUCUUGAACAUGGCAGGACUGCAAAGUUCGAUAAAGUGAGGACCAUCACCACUCGGUCGAAUUCCAUAAAGCAGGGCAAAGAUCAGCACUUCCCUGUUUACAUGAAUGACAAAGAGGACAUCCUGUGGUGCACUGAGAUGGAGAGGGUAUUUGGCUUUCCCGUCCACUACACAGACGUGUCCAACAUGAGUCGGUUGGCGAGACAGAGGCUGCUAGGCCGCUCGUGGAGUGUCCCAGUCAUCCGCCACCUGUUUGCACCACUCAAAGAGUAUUUCGCCUGCGUGUGAAAGUCAGCGCCGUGAGGAGUCGAGAAUCCCAAACUGGUGUAUGAAAUAACAAGAGCCUUGUAUAUUAUUUACAACAUAAACAUCAAAGUAGGUAUUUCAUGGUAUUUCUUUUGUUUUGUUUUUCUUUUAAAUAUUUGACUCUUUUUAAAAAAUUCUAUUUAAUUGUUUUGUUUUUUUUGUUCAUUCGUUUGACUUUUUAGCGGUGUUAUCCAGAAUUUGGAUUGAUUUAUGUGUGCAAGCUAUACUUGAGAUGGGGCCUCCUAUCAAGGCAUUGAGAGACAAAGCAUGGGAGCAAAUGAUGGAAAAAUAGUAGAUCAUUCAUUUCACCAUCGUAAGUUAUGGAAAGUCUUAAGUUAGUGACUUUUCAGUAAUCGGGCUAGAUUUGGGCUACAGGUCGAACGGGCUCGCCUUUCCUUUCCUCUGAGCAACUGAGCCUUUGGCGAGAGCAAAAACAAAAAUUCACAAACAAAAAAAUGGUGUCUUUCUCUUCCAUGUCAGGGGAGCUCUGUCUUAACCAAUCCAAAACACCACAUCACAAAUACCUCUUUGUUUACGGUUUCUAUACACAAUGGUAAUAAAAGGUACUACUGUAAUAGGUGACAAUAUGGUGCUUCAAGGUGGUGAAAAACAUUGCAACUCAUGUGGUGCUACUACUUCAGACUAGAUGUGGUCACCUUCAGACCAUUAGCCAGGUUUUAAACAAGGAGACUCUAAACAAGGAUUCGUCAAGCCAGGUCUGCCACAUCUCAUUUUAUAUCUUUUACAGCCUUUUUUUUUCUUUCUUUUUUUUUUAAACAAUACCUUGCUGGUGCUCUGUGUAAACCUCAGCCUUGCAGUCACUGAGGUCAGUUUCCUGCGUCCGUGCACACGUAAAACCUGCUGGCCUGCCACAUGGGCCGUGAUGUUUUAUUUUCUCCUCUAUACCUUGAGAUAGAAGGCUGUGUUGAGCUACUUUUUUUUUUUUACCUAGCGUCACACAGGCCGGAAUCAUUACUGUACAACUCUUAGCAUGCGUGGCGUUUGCAGGGAGGGCAGUGUUGGGUUUGCUCCUGGCCUGCUGAACCCCUCUCUACAGUGCCUCUCGCAGGCUAUCCUCAGUCAGGUGCAACACUUUUAACAAUGGUGCGGCUUCACAAUGUUCUUCUACCUUUUUAUAGCUAAUUGUUUUGUGCUGUGUUAUCAACAAUAUCAAGCACUUUUGUAUAUGUAUACUUUUAUUUCCGUUGAUAUUUUUUGAAUAUUUCUUCUUGACUUCUUGUGAAUCAUUUUUUUUUAUUUUUUAUUUGUUAUGUUCUAUGAUGUGAAAUGCUCUUAGCAUUAUAUAUAUGAGGUAGUUAUUUUUUAUUUCUGUACAGUAGGGCUGUGCCAAUAGAUGUGAAAGAAUGGGUUAGUAGGAUAGGGGGAAAUUCACCCGUCACUCUGGUGAAUAGGCUAAAUGAGAAAACAAAAAGCCACCCUUUUCCACGUCCUCAUCUGCUACAGUGAUAUUUUGUCAUAAACCACGUAAGGAAAGUUACUGUCUGCUCUCAGUGUAGUGCGUAUAUGAGCCGUACAGUAAAUAUGUUCUCUAGAUAUCCAGUCAGGUCAUUACUUUCCUAAUGCUUAACUGAUGCUUCUCUUGUGUUGUCAUUAGUGAUGUUUAGUUCCUCCGUCUAAUCCACCGCUUUAUCCUGGUCAGGGUUGUGGUGAAUCUGGAGCCCAUCCCAGGAACCCUGCACCGGCCAGUUUAUAUCAGCCGAAAUUCAGUGCUGAACUUGUAUUAUCAUAGCCCUAUAUUAUCAUUAUGUUUUGGGAGUUUGUGAAUUUGAUUAGAAUUUUAGAAAAUGUCUGUGUGCAUUUAAAUUAUUCUACUUAGUACAGAUUUGCAAAUUGGCCAACUGUCAUAAGACAUACUAUAGAAACAAAUUAGAGUUUUUUUUUUAUUUUUAUUUAAUGCAUUAUACUGCAUACAUACCUUAAUCUUUUUUCAUUUUCAUUAGUUACUCCAUACAUAUGUUCGAAAUGAUAUUGAUGCCCAUAUUUUUUUGUACAUUUUGUACAUAGAAUAUGUUUGUUGCUGUGUUCGUUUUAAAAUUACCUAUGAGAUGUACAAAUAUAAUUCUGUGCUAAUAUAUAUAUCAUGGAAUCGAAAGUCUCGCAUUGCAAAGAGAGGGGUAAUUAACUGCAACCUGAAAAAUUGACAUAAGCUAUGGAGCAGUGGGGUAGGAGGACUUUUGAUAUUUCAUAUUUGUAUGUCAUGCAUUGAAUAGUGAAAGCAAAAGAAUGAUUUUAACAGUAGAUGGACACUUCCGACUUUACUGCACAGCCCUACAUACAAAACAGUCUCUUUAAUUUGCAUUUAAUUCUUUUAUAAAUACUAAAAGGGGGAUUGUAGGUGUUUCCUAAGGUGCUAAACAUUUUAUCAAAUUGAAAAUCAUGUAUUAUUUGGACAAACUUGUCUCGACAAUGACUGUUUUUAUGUUUCUUUUAGUAUUGGAAAAGCACUAUUAUUUUACUCUCUCAUAUAAAUAUAUUAACAAAGGCAUUUUAACUUUGUACUUGAAAAAAAAUGAUGAAAAGAUUCUUAUAUUGUUUUAGAAUAGAUCUUGCUGUAGUUGGUGCUUAUCUGUGGGAAAAUCAUGUACUCAUAUUGGGAAGUAAGAAAAGAAUUGUAAUCAAUCGAUCUUGCUGUUAACAUGUACUUGCUUAUUAUCCAGGCAACUUUGUUUUUAAGUCCUACAUUCCAUGGCAUAUAUCCAGCCCUCCAUCUUUUUUUUUUAUUAUUAAGAUCAGUGUUUAUUUUAUAUAUUUUUGGCUUUGGUGGCCUAUUUGUUUGCUCUUGUAACAAUUUCCUGUAUAUCCUCAGUAUAUACAGUUGCAAUCAAAAUGAUUCAUCGCCCAUUGCAAAUCAGGUUUAUUGUCAAAAUUUACAGACCUUUAGCUGUUUGCAAUGAACAAAUCAAACAAAAGCAAGUGAAAUAGUUCAACACAACGAAUGCUUCAAGUGGUUUCCCCAAAUUCAACUGAAAAUGCAACUUACAAUGAUUUCUCCAGUCUCAAAAUUAUUCAACCCCUUCAUGGCAAGCAUCUUUAAUACUUGGUAGAGUACCCUUUUGUUAUGACCUGCUGCAAACGAGAUGCACACCAGCUUCUGGCAGCAUUCCUGAGGAAUCUUAGCUGAUUCCUCAUGAGCAAUGACCUCCAGUUCAGUAAUAUUCUUGGGUUUGCGUGCUGCAACCACCUUCUUCAAAUCCCACCAGAGAUUUUCUAUGGGGUUCAAGUCAGAUGACUGUGUUGGCCCUGUAGAAUCUUCCAGCACUUCUUCUGCAACAAAGCCUUGUUGGAAUUUGAGGUGUGCUUGGGAUCAUUGUCCUGUUGGAAGGUCCAGUGUGGCCCAAGCUUCAGCUUCCUCACAGACGGCAUGACGUUUUCUCCUAGGAUUUCCUGAUACUUCAAUGAAUACAUCUUGCCUUCCACACGCUGCAGGUUUCCAGUGCCAGAGGAUGCAAAGCAGCCCUAGAGCAUCACCGAGCCACCACCAUGCUUGACUGUGGACAGAGUGUUCUUUCUUCAUUCUUCUUUCUCCAGACAUACCACUGAUUCAUCGUGCCGAAAAGUUCCACAGAACACAAUCCAAAAACUUCUGUGGCUUAUUUAUAUGAUUUUGAGACAAUUUUCUUGUGCUUUUGGGUCAGUAGUGGUGUACAUCUUGGAGUUCUCGCUCAAGCACACCUGGCGCAACUAAUGAAGCCCUUGAUUAGUUGCAUCCGGUGUGCUUGAGACAACAUCUGUUUUGCAUAUUUGUGCUGUUGUGAGGGAUUCUAUUCAGGGGGUUGAAUAAUUUUGAAACUGGAGAAAUCAUUAUAAGUUGCCUUUUCAGUUGAAUU